GAAGAGUCAUAAAUAAAAAUCACAAUUAGCCUUUAGCCAUCAUCAUCCUUGUUCACUCUCUCUUCACAUUUUUUUUUCCUCAACGAGAUCGGCAACGCAAUCUACCAGAUCUGACACCCUUUUCAUCAUUCUCGCCCCCUAUUUCUCGUAUGCGGCACAUAAUUCAUCUACUAUUGAAUCUGAAUGUGUAGAUUGUUAGUUUCUUGGAUUUAUUUAUUUAUUUAUUAAUUUAUUGGAUUUUUGGGUUAUGGAAAGGAGAGUGAACGGAGGAGGGGAUUAUAGUCAUAAUAAUCUGACAUCCUCUUCAAGUUAUAUACAACACCCAGUUUCCAAAUUCGAUACCCUUGCUGGUGUUGCUAUCAGAUAUGGCGUUGAGGUGGCUGAUAUUAAAAGGAUAAAUGGCCUGGUAUCAGAUCUCCAAAUGUUUGCCCUGAAAACACUUCAUAUACCGUUACCUGGGAGGCAUCCCCCAUCUCCAGUCUUAUCAAAUGGUCAAGACACACAAGGACCUAGUUGCUCUGAGCAGACCUCUUCAAGCCGUCGACACUCUGAUUUUUUCGAUUCGUUUCAGUCCCUGAAACUGAAAUCCUCUCCCCAGUCAAAAGUUUCGCCAGCCAUGAGCAGCUUACAAGGUUAUUAUGGGCUUAAACCACCAGAUCAGAAACGUGCAUCUGAAGGAUUUGAAAUGGCAGAGUAUCGAAAGGGAGGAUCACAUUAUCUGGAAGACGGCCCAUUUGUCAAAUCCUCUCCUCUUUCAAAUCCACCACUUAGUCUGCGGAGAAAAUCUAAAAGUGUAGCUAAUGGUUUUAUGUCAGAGAAUGGAGUUCCUGCCAAUCAUCUAUCUACACAAGACAGCAGAGACAAUGGUUCAGAUAGAUGGUUUGAGAAAUUAGUGAGAAGGCGUCAAAAGUCGGAGACUGAUUUCACACGUACCCCAGAAAUGCUGUUGAAGGAAGAUAACAGCAACAGUGGCUGGUUUUCAGCUGUUGGCGGCAAGGGCUUAGCUUUGAGACCCAAGUCAGCUAAUCGAACUCUCUCUGGAGCGGAUGCUGAAGCAAGUUCAAUAAGUCCUAUUCCUUUUGGCUUGGGGGAUUCUUUCCUAAAUGACAGUGCAUCCGUAGUUAGGAAGUCAUCAAGUACAUCAAAUUUGCAGGAUUCAGAUAGCGGUACAUUGUCUUCCCUGUGGAAUUUGAAGCCAGAUUUUCAAGCAAUUUCUACUGCAGCCAUUACUAAGCCAAUCUUUGAUGGUCUACCUAAACCAAUUACAGGUCGAAGAAACAAGACUGCGCUCGAUUAGCUUAUUCUUUCUACAUAACCUUUUUACAAGUUCCUUUCUUAAAUACUUUAGACGGAGCAUCCUCCGGUGAAGUGGUAACUGGAGAGCUGAAGAUAGAAGCAAACACUUUGGUCUUCUCAUGGUUAUAUAAGCUUCCUUUGGUUUAUCAAUUUUGAUUGGCGCAAGUUCAAAGUUGAACUGGUCUCAGAAGUUGAAGAGUUAUAGCAGCAACGUUUAUAAUCAAAUUUUGCUAUAGCGUGUUGAUUCAUUGUGCAAAUUGUGACUCACAGCAUAUGUAUAUUAGGCAUUUAAGUUCAUUGAUCUGAAAUGGAGAGAAAGGAUAUUGUUCAUACCUAUAUUAUAUUAAAAUAUAUAAUUAUUUGACAUGGUUUGUGUUUUA